CGAAGCACUCAUGAAGCAAAAGCAACAUAUUGAAGUUGUUUUUCAAAAGCAUUCAGACCAAGCUAAAAAGGAUUAUCGAACUCACUUAACAGCAACAAUUGAGUGCAUUAGGUUCUUAUUGCGACAAGGAUUGGCUUUUCGUGGUGAUGAUGAAUCGCACAAUUCAAACAAUCAAGGUAAUUUUUUGGAGCUUCUUGACUUUCUUGCUCAACAUAAUACAGAGAUUGAUCGUGUUUUCAAAAAUGCUCGUGGAAACCUUAAACUAGUAGCACCUAAAAUUCAAAAAGAUAUUGUUAGAGCUGCUGCAAGUGAAACUACUAAAGUUAUUAUUGAUGAUCUUGGAGAUGAUUUAUUUUCUGUUUUAGUUGAUGAAGCUCGAGACAUUUCUGUUAAAGAGCAAAUGGUUGUUUGUUUGCGGUAUGUGAAUAAAGAAGGGAUUGUAAUGGAGCGAUUUCUUGGCCUUGUCCAUGUUUCUAGCACAAAUGCGUUGUCGUUAAAAGUAGCUUUGGAAUCUUUAUUAGCAAAGCAUAGUUUAAGCUUAGCAAGAAUACGUGGACAAGGUUACGAUGGAGCUAGUAAUAUGCAGGGAGAAUUUAAUGGCUUAAAAAGUUUGAUCUUGAAAGAAAAUGCUUGUGAUUUUUAUGUUUAUUGUUUUGCUCACCAACUUCAAUUAGCACUUGUGGUUGUUACAAAGAAACAGGUUGAAAUUGCACUACUUUUUAAUUUGCUUGCUAGUUUGUGCAAUAUUGUUGGAGCUUCUUGUAAACGUAAAGACAUGCUUCGUGAAAGUCAAAUGCAAAAGACAAUUGUUGCAUUACAAAACGGAGAUGUUUCUAGUGGGUGUGGCUUAAAUCAAGAAACAACAUUGAAAAUGGCAGAAGUUCUUAAAGUGAUUGAGGAAGAUGGAAAUAAUCCUGAACAAAGAGCUGAAGCAUGUCAAUUAUUGAAUCAUAUUCAAUCUUUUGAAUUUGUAUUCAAUUUACAUUUGAUGAAAAGUAUAUUAGGAGUUACUAAAAAGUUGUCUCAAGCUCUACAAAGAAGUGAUCAAGACAUUAUAAAUGCUAUGACAUUGGUUAAAGUGUCCAAGCAACGAUUGCAAAGUAUAAGAGACGAUGGUUGGUCCUCUUUGCUCAAUGAAGUUUCACUAUUUUGUGAUAGUCACAAUAUUCUUGUUCCAAAUAUGAAUGACAUAUUUGUAACACAAGGAAGAUCAAGGCGCAAAAUCCAAAAGGUCUCAAACUUGCAUCAUUUUCAAGUUGAAUUAUUUUAUCAAGUGGUUGAUAGACAACUUCAAGAGCUCAACAAUCGUUUUACAGAGGUAAAUACCGAGCUACUUCUUUGUAUAGCUUGUUUGAAUCCAAGUGACUCGUUUUUUGCAUUUGAUAAGGAGAAGUUGCUUCGUUUAGCUGAAUUUUAUCCACAUGAAUUCUCUUCUACUCAACUUUUGGCACUUGAUAGUCAACUUGAGAAUUUUAUAUUGGAUAUGCGUCUUGAUGAUCAAUUCUCAAAUAUAAAUGGAAUCAGUGGACUAUCUCAAAAAUUAGUUGAGACAAAAAAGCAUGUUGUUUAUCCAUUGGAGUUUCUUCUAUUGAAAUUAGCUUUGAUUCUACCUGUGGCAACGACAUCAGUUGAGAGAACAUUUUCUGCUAUGAAUAUCAUAAAGAGUCGACUUCGUAAUCGAAUGGGAGAUGAGUGGUUGAAUGAUUGGCUAUCGCAACGGCGCCGCGCCUCACCGUCAUCUGACUUGUCAUCGUGCCGCUACUGCACCCGUCUCACCCAGCCGCAUUCAGCUCCCUGUUGCGCCGCCUUGCCGUCGUCGUCACCAAUGAUCGACGAGAGAGAGAGAGGGAGAGGCGAACGCGAGGAGAGAGAGGGAAGCUGUUCACGCGGGCUGGAGGGUCGCCACCAUCGUCUUCAUCGCGACCUGUCACCGUCGCUGGAGCCAGCCGCCUUCAUCGCUAUUUCUCGCCAUUUGUGCCUAUGCCAAAUCCUGGAUCAUCGCCGUCUGGGUUGCGUGGAGGAAGAAGGAGCUACUGGGUGUCGUUGCGCCUUGUCUCCGUUGCCGCUGAGCUUCAACCGCCGCCAUGCCAAGUCGCUGUUGCCAUUGUUGAGAGAGAAGAGAGAGCUUGAGGAGAGAGAAAUAGGAUGUGCGAGAGGAGCUGCCGUGAAUAGAGGGUUGUUCCGUCACUGCUAUUGUGUCGCCGUUCGGGUGAACCUUGGUUGCUACUGGAGCUGUUGGUGCCGCUCGUGGAGCUGA